GCCACCGCUCUGACUAUACUCGCACGCACCACACCCAAUCCCCGCCUCCCUCCCUCCGGAACACUCGCUUUCCUCCACCAGUUUUCCACGCCCGCCCUCAGCCAAAACCCCCACAACACACGCCCAGUCCAAAUUCGCCACCGGCCGCCCGCCCGCCCGCAGCGACCGCAAGCCUCCCUCCCCGCCGGCUUCCCCUCCCUCUCCGGUGAAAGUCUAGAUGGCUCCUUUGGUCCUUGGAAUGUGAAUUUCAGAAAAGAACAACUGUUGACCAUUUAGUACUGCAUGAUGAACGGAUCAACUGGUUCCCCAGGGAAUCAUGUGAAUGGAAAGCAAGUGCAAAGUGUUGACCCUCCUGGUCUUUCAAGUUUUAACAGUGGACCAAGACACCGUCCGUUGACUGUGUUGAGACGCUGUCGCGGUGUAUUAUGUUUGGUGAUUAUGCCGGUGACUGCAUGCAUGAUGAUGGUUUACCUAGCCCCUAUGACUACCUUCGUUGUACGGUUGUUCAGUGUCCAUUACAGCAGAAAGUGGACGUGCUUCCUUUUUGGGAUGUGGUUAGCUAUGUUUCCUUUUUUGUUUGAGAAAAUUAACAGGACCAGAUUUGUUUUCUCUGGUGAAAAGGUGCCCCCAAAAGAGUGUGUCUUGCUGUUUGCUAACCACAGAACUGAGGUAGACUGGAUGUACCUGUGGGAUCUUGCUUUGAGGAAAGGCCGUUUGCAGUCUAUCAAGUACAUCCUGAAGAAAAGUUUGAUGAAGUUGCCUAUUUUCAACUGGGCAUUUCACAUCAUUGAGUUUAUUCCAGUAGAGCGGAAUUGGGAGGUUGACGAACCACUAAUCAGAAGAAGGCUGUCUGAAUUGAAGAACCCCAAGGAUCCCCUUUGGCUUGCAGUUUUUCCAGAAGGCACUGACUAUACUGAGAAGAAAUGCAUCAAAAGUCAAGAGUAUGCGGCGGAACAUGGUUUGCCUAUUCUGAAAAAUGUCCUCCUCCCAAAGAUAAAGGGUUUCAACUGCUGCCUGCAAGAGCUGAGGAGUAACUUGGAUGCUGUUUACGACAUCACGAUCGCAUACAAGCAUCGCCUCCCAACGUUCAUGGACAACGUGUACGGUGUGGACCCUUCCGAGGUCCACGUCCACACCAAGAUCAUCCAGGUCUCCGACAUACCCACCGCAGAGGACGAAGUAUCUGACUGGCUGACCGAGAGGUUCAGGCUGAAGGAUGAGCUCCUGUCUGACUUCUCGACACGAGGCCACUUCCCCAACGAAGGCACCGAGGAGGAGCUGCCGACGCUCAAGUGCGUCGCGAACUUCGCGGCGGUGAUGGGCAUGACGGGCGUGUUCAUCUACCUGACCCUGUUCUCGUCCGUGUGGUUCAGGGUCUUCGCCGCGUGCAGCGCCUCUUUCCUCACGUUUGCUACCCUCUACUCUGUGCACGCCCCGCAGAUCGUGUGUUUGCCGGAGGCUGGGGUGCAUGCCAAGAAAGCUUGAGCUUGGCGUUGUAAGCUGGCGCUGGAAGCUGUUCGCGUGUGUCAGCACGCAGUACAAAGAUGUUUAGCAUGUACACGCAGUUUGUGGCGUCAUUCUUUUGUGUGCGUGUAUGAGCAGUUGCAUCUACGGUUGGGUUACAAAGUGGAUGGAGCCAAAUCGCUCGCCAUAAGGUAAUCGAAACUUAAAAGACCAGUCAUAUAACUUGCUAAAGAAUAUGCUUCUUACAGCGAUGAGUGAUCAACGCUGAGUUUGACCAA